AUGGCGGGUCUAAAUGAUUAUAUCUGGAAGGAGAUAAAGCUAUUCAUGGUCGAGACGAUUGCAGAGGCGAGCGUGAAGGCAAUUGUCAUUGAGGGUAAACAGAAGAAGGGCAAUGAAACGAAGGGUGAUUCCAAACAGUCGGAAGGUAAGUCUAGUGGCUCUCAACAUAAGGAAGAGAAGAAGAAGGGUGAUUCGGGGAAGGAAGGAUUGACAUACAAUCACUGCAAGAAGGCAGGACACGAGAAAGAAAAAGAGAAAUCAAAAUGGCCAAGUUCUGAGCAGAGUAAUGAUGAGCAGAGCAAGCAAGCAAUGCAGGCGGCGGUUGCGGUGGUGAAAAUGCGGUGCAAGAGAAGCAGUAGUUUGAUAGAGAACUGGGCUGCAAUCAGAAUUCAGUCAGCAUUUAGAGGAUACUUGGCAAAGAAAGCUCUUAGAGCUCUCAGAGGAUUAGUGAAGCUGCAGGCUUUAGUUAAAGGCUCUCUUGUGAGAAAACGAACAGCUUUAGUUCUUCAAAGUAUGCAGGCUCUCAUUCGAGCUCAGGCCACAAUGAAACCUGAGAAAUGUCCAGCCUUUCUCUAUGAUGAUGGAAAAUUUCGGACGGUGGAAAUGGGGAGCUCGGACUUCAUCGAAAUGAACCCCAAUUUCUCCUCUCUACAAAUUCAAAUACCCAGAUGCCGAUAUCUUCACGAAAGCUCAUCGCUGUCGAUAACCGCGACGAGCACCCCGAGAAUCUCGAGCUCAGUAUGCAGCAGCCCGCAUUGGCCGAGCUACAUGGCGAGCACCCGGAGCUCUGAUGCUAAAGCCCGGUCACCGAGCGCGCCGAAGCAGAGGUCGGAGCUGUCGCCUUCAAUUAUGAUGAAGGGGAGGGUUUCUUUCAAUGAGAAUGGGGAUUCAAGGUCUAGUUUGAGUGGAAUUGGGAAAGAGGCAAGGGUCACUUUGAAGAAUGCUGUGGUUGGGAGAAUUGAUAGGGGUCUAGAGUAUAGAUCAGAUCAUCAUUUGAUGGGGAGGUUUAGUUGUUAAUAAAUGUUUGAAGUUGGAAGUGAUGAAUGGAGUGCGCCUGCAAAAAAGGCGGGAAAGAUGGAUAGGUAGCUUAAAAUUAGAGAGCUAGGAGACUUUUCCCCCUUUUUUAUUUUU